UUUGUCCUCCGAUGGAUUCUGACGCCGGAUCAAGCUCCAGCCGCUCCUCCUCCCCGGAGCUGGUGGAGGGGGGCCUAUUCUCCACCCACAUGUUCCAGGCGUUCUACCAGGAGAAGGGGGGCACUUGUAGGCCCACUCGGCCCGGGAUGGAGAAUGCGAGCAGGGGCAAAUCCAAAAGCAGCAAGGAGCCCAAGAAAGAAGAGACCCAGGACCUGCGGCUGAAGGUGAACAGCCGCGAGAGGAAGAGGAUGCACGACCUGAACCAGGCCAUGGACGGGCUCCGGGAGGUCAUGCCCUACGCCAACGGCCCGUCCGUCCGCAAGCUGUCCAAGAUCUCCACCCUGCUGCUGGCCCGCAACUACAUCCUGAUGCUGUCCAGCUCCCUGGACGAGAUGAAGAAGCUGGUGGGGGACGUGUACGGGGGCAGCCACCAGACGCACAUGGCCCGCUGCGCCCCCGCCCCGCCCCAGAUACCCCUGUACCCGCUGGGUCACUCCCUGCCCUCCCUCAUGGGCACGGCCACCACCACGCCCCCUACGCAUGCGAGCCCCUCUGCUGCCUACCUGGGCUUCCACACCACCCACGAGAGCCCCCUGAAGGACACGCCUCACCUCCACGGCUCCUUCCGGCACUUUCCAGGCAUGCCCUGUCCUUGCUCGCUUUGCCAGCCUCUCUCCUCCUCCUUGCCAAGGUUGCCCACCCUGUCCUUGGGUAAGUGACCAGUUGAGUCCCAGGAUUGAACUCUGCCAAGCAGGACAAAAAGACACGCACUGCUUCCCUCCCAGAAUUGUGAGAAAGGAAUAUCCUGCAAUUUGUAUAUUGUAAAUGCCUUGUACAGACAAUGUAAGAAAGAACAUCAUAGAUUGAAAAAUGUUUAUUGCCUUUUUACUGAUAUGUACUGCUAUUUUUGUACACACAUAUUUGUUUACAUUUUAAAUUUUCCUAGUAUGCCCAGAGGCAGUAUCCAGUCUGUUCUAGUGUAUUUUUUAUCUCAGUUGAAGUUUUUGUUGAAACAGUGAAGAAAAUAUCUUCUACUAAACUGUCCCAUGAACUAUACUACUGAAAACCCGACAGAUAAAGAGAUUGUCCUGUGUUUUUGUACAUCAUUUUUCAAAAGAUUAAAA